AUGAAUAUUGCCAGGGGAGCAAUAUAUAUGCUUCUACCUGGACUUGGCAUGGUGGGGACCCUCUCUGUCUUUGUGAAUUACAUGUGGAAUUACUUUUUGGAUGCUGAGAAGAAACCUGUACAUGUUAUCCUCAUCCACUUGACUUUUACAAAUAUAAUAAUGAUUUUUAAUAAAGCAAUGCCACCGAUGAUGGUAGCUUUCGGUGUGAAAAACUUCCUACAUGACACGGACUGUAAGAUGCUCAUGUGCCCCGACAGCCUCCUCACAGUGGUCCAGGCCAUCACCAUCAGCCCCAGGGCCUCAGUGUGGGGGCGGCACCAACCAAAGGCAGCUCGGCACAUCCUUCCCUGUCUGCUCUUCUUCUGGGUGCUCAACUCCUUGAUAAACAGGCACUUACUCCAUGUCAUCACAAGCAGCAGCAGAAAUGGAUCACAUGUGAUUGAAAAUAAUUGCUAUUGUCAUUUUCAACCACAAAGACAGGAAACACGAUGGUUGACUCUCAGUGGAAUGGCCCUGCAUGAUGUCCUGUUUCUGGGUCUCAUGGGAGUGGCCAGUGGCUGCAUCAUGUUCCUUCUCCACCAGCAGAACAAGGAUGCACUCUAUCU